AUAAAUAGAGAAUCAUCAUCUUCUGCUACAAAUAAUGAUCACAAUAUGCUUAUCAGUUACAUAAUUCUUCUAAUAUUAGCCUGCAUAAUCGGAAUAACAUUUCAACAGCUUAAAACCAAUCGUAUUGCUCGUUGGAUUCCUGAACCAUGUAUUUUCUUCGUUGCAGGCUGCAUCAUUGAACAAUUUUUGAGUUUAACACGUUCACAGCAAUGGAAGCCUACUUUUACUGCUGAAUUAUUUUUCAAUAUAUUACUACCUCCAAUCAUUUUAGAAUCGGCGUUCGCUCUCAAUCAUCGACAAUUCUAUAGAAAUCUAUUGCCUAUUUUACUCUAUGCAAUUAUGGGUACAUUGAUCAAUAUCAUCUUGAUUGGCACAUCAUUAUAUAUUGUCAUGAACAUUCAUAUCAAUGCAACUUUGUCUUCGAUAUCAGCGUUAGAAAUGAUGAUUUUUUCCACAUCGAUUAGUGCCAUUGAUCCUGUUUGUGUGUUGGCUUUGUUCAAAGAUUUCAAAGUGGAAAAAUCUCUUUAUUAUUUAGUUUUUGGAGAAUCAUUACUCAAUGAUGCAGUCGUUUUAGUUGUACAUAAAAUUCUAUUAGACGCUUUUCAUUCAAAUACUUCCAGUUCAUUUUCUAUUGUUACCUUACUUUCAAACGGAUUGAUUGAAUUCACUGUUGUCAGCUUUGGUAGCCUUAUUAUUGGUCUAUUUCAUGGAAUCCUUACGACAAUAUUUACGAAAACUAUCAGUAAAAACAGAAACGGAAAUCAUCAAGAAAUCGAGCCUAUCUUGGUGAUUAUAUUGGCAUAUGGUUCUUAUAUGAUUUCCGAACUAAUCGGAUGGUCAGGUGUCAUGAGCAUUAUUGCAUGUGGUCUGUUUCAGUCCGAAUACGCUUUGGUCAAUGUAUCAUCUCGAUCUCGAAUAACGAUAAAAUAUUUAUGUAAUAUUUUUAGUUCCAUUUGCGAUAAAAUAAUAUUUAUAUUUCUUGGAAUGGUUCUCAUACAAAAUGAACACAAUUGGAAUUGGAUAUUCAUUUCAUAUGCGAUAAUAUUCUGCAUCUUUUAUAGAUUUAUCGCAAUCAUAAUGUUGACUUUUUUUGUCAAUCAUUAUUGGAUUAGUCGAUGGUCAAAAUUAUUGGCUAGACGUUGGAUAAAAUUCAAGGAACAAAUUCUUUUGGUCCAUGUUGGACUUCGUGGUGCAAUAGCAUUUGCAUUAAUUUCCACAUCAUACAAUGGACAAGAAAUAAAUCAUCAUGAAGAAUAUAUAUCAAAAUUGGAAUCAACAAAAACAAUAAUGGAUAGGAAUUUUUUCUGGCAACAACAUCAACAUUUAUUGGCAUACAGAUUGGUCGAUAUAUUGAUUUUCAUAAGAAAAAAUCAACUUUGUAUGAAGGAUAAAAGUAUAUUAUCUAGGAUUUUAAUAUUCUGGAAUAAGUAUUAUCAAAAAAACAAUAAUGAUGGCUCUAGUUAUAUUAAUUGUUAUGAUUUACAAUCAAAAUCAUCAUCGCCGAUAAACAUGUCAACAUAUCAUUUAUUUCAGACAACGACAUUAUUCAUAAUAAUAUUCACCGUAUUUAUCAUGGGCUCUACCACACGACCUUUGUUAACUUAUUUGAAGAUUGUCAUCGAUGACAAUGAUAAAAGACAAACUAAAAUAUCAGACAAAUCACCAUCCGACUAUCGUCUACGACUGAAAUCAAAUGAACAACUCUUUGCUAGUCUUAAUAAUCAGCUAUUCAAUGAUAUCAGCAAGUCAAUAUUCAGUCUGAUGAUGGCAUCAACAACAACAUCAAUUCAAAAUGACAAAAUAUCAACAAGAUUUCGAAUGAUUAAAUGGUUACAAUCUGGAUAUCGUUAUUUUCGACAAAUGCUGAUACAACCACCUUCUCAUCAAAAUCAAAUCGAUUUUUCUCAUGACGAUGAUUGGAAUGAUGGUGAAAUUUACGAUCCUUCGAAUAAAUUUGGGAAUGAAUCAGAUUUUCAUCAUCCAUACACAAUGAUUAUUAUCAGUCAUGUUUUAUCAAACAAUUCCUCAAAUCAUUCAGUCACCAAUAGCACCACUACAAGAUUUCAGAAUUUCAAUAGAAUUCACAGAAAAUUAUUUUUGAAUGAACAAACCGAACAAAACUUUUCAAAUAGAAAAAAAUUAUGGUCGUUUAAAACAUUAAUUUCACAGAAUUUAUCACACUUUGGACUAAUUUUGGCAAAUUUCAGAACAAAAAUUGUUAGUUUCUUUUUAAUUAUUAAUGGAAAAAUAAAAGCAAUGGUCAAUAAAUGCAACUUAAGAUCAUCAUCAUCAUCGAUUGUUCAUCCAGUAACCAUCGACACUCGAUCAGAUCGAUUUUAAAUGACGAAAAUUCGGUUAAUGGAUACAGAAAUAUUGCCCAAAACGGACGAGAAAAAAAAUAUCAAUAAUAGAAAUCGAUUCAAUCUAAACAUUAUGACCAUCUGGUCGAUAUUUGAGAAAAAAAUUAUUAGAUCAAAAUAACCAUAAUUCACUCGAUUCAGCAAGAAAAAAAUGGCAAUGAAAGAACAUGUACAUAUUGACAAAACAUAUAUUGAAUUGAAAGACGAAAUUCUUUUUGUGUGUGAAUUGAAAAAUUAGCCUCAUCAUUUUUUUCCACCGAUACACACACAUCAAAACAUAUGAAACAAAUGGGAAAUUUUGUGGUAAAAAAAAAAUUUCUAUGUACAUUAAUAAUUUCCCAGAUAAUUCAAGAAAAAUUCAUGAAAAACAUAAGUACCCAAAUGAUAUAAUGUGGAUGUAUUGAUAUCGAUUGAAAUUGGUCACCAAUAAAAAAAAGACAGAAAAAUAUUUUGUAUGAAAUAUACAAAUUCUUUUCAUUUAGUUGAGAAAAAGAAAUGAAAGAAUCCAUUUAAAUGAACCACAGAUGUGCACAUAAACACAUUUACCACAUACAUCAACUUGAAUCCAGUUUUUUUUCUCGUGAAUUUUUUUUCGCUUUCAAAGUA